UCCAUGGCAAAAGUGUUUGUGUCAGUUCUGCAUCAGUCUGCUCUAUUCCAGGUGUUCUCCUCAGGAUGACAGUACAAUGAGCUCCUCUUCCCAUUUAUCCAAGAGAGAAACGACACCGGAGCAGCGGUGCGUGUUACCAAUAAACUCUGUCAUUUAAAUCCACGACACCACUCAAGGUUUUGCAUGGCAAAGUGUUAUGACCCAUGCACGGCAGAGGAACUCUUUAUGUGGAUAUAAGAGUGAAUCUGCAGACCAGGUGAGCUGUCAGACAACUAUGGACAGAACUUGGCCAGAAAAGAAGGCUAAAAGAUGUUCUACCCAAAGAGGAAAAGGUAAGGAGAUAAAAGGAAAGGCCGCUGAGAGAGACCGGAAGCUGUACCCUCUCAGGGGACGACAUGGAUUGGGUGAAGUAAGCGCGCUUAACUGCUGUGUCGUACUGACACGCUUGGACGAGAGCGAAACGUGUAGGAACGGCAUGAAGGCCCAGGUGAAGGAAAUGCAGGGGAAGGCGAAAAUAUGCAAGUGCCGCAAGAAAGCUUGUAAGACUUGCCGGUCAGCGCCUGAACCAAAAAGCAAAGCGAAACCUGAUAAAUCUGCCUUAUGCACAGAAUUCAUCCUCGAACCUCGCCAAAGGCGGCUGGCCUCUCUGAACGCAGAAGCUGUUAACAGUCUGCUGUUGGACAGUGAUUCCCAGCAGAAAUCAAAACCCUCAAGGAAGCAGCAACAGACAAAAGGAGACACUUCUCUCUCUAAAGACACAACAAAAUAUAAUGAUUGUUCCAGAAAAGGUCAAGACAACCGGAAACGCGCUUGCACCGGAGAGACCGAACAAUGUCGAAAGCCCAAAAAAGCAAAGACGGAGUCUGACGCUAUUGAUCUGCAGACUUUAAACAGUCCUGCUCCCAAACGUCUGGCGGGUUUAAAUGCGGCCGCCCUGCUCAAGCUGACCAGCACAUCCUCGGGAGUGAAGCGCAGGGGUAAAACAGACGGAGCAGUGCGAGGGAAGCAGCUACAGUUGAAAUCACGUAAACCGCAGCACAACUUGACCUGUCAGUCCAAGUUAAAAGUAUCGCAGCAAUGCUGCAGCCUCUGCGAGAAACAAGCCCUCCACACUGAGGCAUUGUGGGACGGGAGCACAGGAAGCCAUGGCUUUAUUAGCCCUGGAUAUCAGUGCAGAUCCAUGCUCGGCUAUCCCCUCAAGCCUGUGAAGGAAGAGAAAACAGAGACUGAUGUGAAAUCAUAUUACUGCUGUUCCCAGGAGAGAUCAGUGGAGUACUGCCAUAGACUAGCCCUGUUCCUCGGCCAGAAAACCUUCCCGGAAACUGAUGAACAUUCUCUGAAGGGAUUUAUUCCUUCUCCUCACACCCUGACGCAUCCAGCAAUGCCCAUCGGUGCCCAUCCUUAUCCCUGUUACCCUGGGUACUACGUCCACAUCGCUCAUCACGGGACUCCGACGCUUCCCGUAAGCUCAAAUCCAGGGAGCCACGCGGCCUCGUCCGUACCCCCGCUGACAAUGUGCACUAGCGGGGUCCAGAGACCCAAACUGCUGCCCUCUUCGGUGUCCCAUCCUACGGGGAUCCCUCAUCCGGCGUACUGUAACUCUGUGGGCACCUGUUAUGGAGAGGCCUGCAGGCUCAGCAGCUAUGCCUACAGACCCACGCAACCCAUCACUAGCAGGGGCUGCUCGUACAACGCAGGAUGCUCCAGCUGCAUGCACAAAAUGGAAACAGGAUUCCAGAUUGUAAUAAAAUGUCUGCGUUUGCUAUUCAUUGAUGUCAAACCUCAGGGGAUGGGUAGCGUGAUAGCGCUGAUAGAUCUGUCCUGCAUGCCUGAUUUUGCACGAGAGGUCCCUGAGGAGAUCGUCCUGCUUCAGGUUAAAACAAACAACAGUGCCAAACAGUCGAAGAUCAGCCGUCGCCGGGCAACAAACGGCUGGCUGCCUGUUGGUGUGGCAACAGAAAAGGAAGUAUUCAUUGUGGGUGAGGACUCCACAUCCCUACGCAGGUGCUAUGAAGGAGUGCAGAGAGAUGGAGAGGUUAUCAGGGUCAGAGAGACAGUGCUACUGCGCUCAGGUCCCAGGAAGAAGUCCUUGCCUUACGUGGCCAAAGUCUCUGCCUUCUGGGAAGACCCCGAGUCAGGGGAGCUGAUGAUGAGCUUGUUUUGGUACUACCGCCCAGAACACACUCAGGGGGGUCGCAAUCCCAGCAUGCACUGUGAGAAUGAGAUUUUCGCGUCUCGGCAUCAGGAUGAAAACAGUGUGGCAUGUAUCGAGGAUAAGUGCUAUGUGUUGACAUUAGCACAGUACUGUAGAUUUUGUGCCUUGGUGAAGUGUCGUGAGGAGGGCUUUCCCAGACGUAGCUCCCUGGUCCCUCCUUCCAGCUAUGUAAUUCCAGCUCAUCGUUGCGUGCCCAACGACAUCGACCCCGAUUUGGUGUUCGUCUGCCGCCACGUUUACGACUUCCGCUUCGGCCGUCUGCUGAAAAACCUGCAGUAGGUCUGAAUGGAGCCAUACAAUGAAACCAGAAUCCAAAACGUUGUGACACAAUCAAAGCCCUAUCAACUGGAUGGCCACAAGUCUUUAGGGAGUUGUUGUUAUUUUCUGUUUUCCUUUUAGGAUAAAUGCUCUCGGCGUAGCACUUCUGAAAAAAGUUAUCCCUUGUGACUUUGUAGAACGGCAUUCUGAGCACAACUACCUUGAGUUCAAAGGUACCGAUCGCCAAAAUGUGAUUUUUCACGCCAUGAAUUUGAGUAUUUAUUUUUGCAGUUAUCUUUAUAUUUGCUGAACGAGUGUAAAAAGACGAAGAAAUUAAUGCAGGUACAUUAAGAAUGACCUUGAAUUAUGGAAUAGAGUUCUAAUGCUCUCUCUUUGGAAGUAAACGCACCCUAAUCUGUAGAUUGAAGGCUAAAAAUAUUUAUUUUUAGAUUAAUUGAACACAAGCUCCGUCUUUUAGGAGGCACCAAUCAGUUUGAUCCACAGCGCAAUGGCCAAUCAUUCAUUCAGUAAUCGUAACAGGGUGUGGGGGACCAUAGACAUAUCGUGGCGGACCAAAUAUCCAAGAAUGCAUUUGGUUAACUUAACAUUCUGUUGAUCGACCAAUGAGUAAUGAGCUUUCGUCCUCCCGUCGCCCAUCAUGACUUGCCUUAUAUCCAACACCGAGGUUCCCCCGUUUUCUGCCUUCCCAGCAAACCAAAGGUUAUCACGCCGCUCCUAAUCAUCCACCUUCGCGACUCCAUUAGUUUGCACUAAAACUUAUCAUUCACAGAGUCAGCAGUCUGACUCAGUUCAAAAUGUCACCUGCUGCUGAUCUCCAAUGCAGGAAAAUACUGUGUAUUUGUUGUACGUGUAUAAAGAGAUACGAAAGAACUCGCUAAAUGUCAGUUACAAAUGUGAAUGGACAAACUUUCUCGCACACACAGGCGUGCUUUCAACGUGUGCUUCUCGUCCUACAUGGUAGUUUUGUUACAAGAUCGCUAAUUAUGAUAUGAGAAAGCUGUUUUAUAUGGUCUGUUUGUGCCUUUAUAUAGUUAACAGUCUGCUAUGUGAAGAAAUAUAGCAGGGGGGGGGGGGGGGUUUGGUUUUGUUUUUCCUCAAAUGCUGACCUUCACACUUCCCUGUUUUGGACUUUUUUUUUUUUUUUUGCAUAAGAUAGAGUUAAAGAGUAAUAUUGUACUCACAGGGUCUCAAAAAAGGUGAAACUCCGAUAAGAUUAGGAGACCUGUUUGUUUGUUUUUUUAUUUUUGUUGUUGUUUUUUUACAUCAAGACAAUUUGUCUUAGGUUAACAACUUUUUUUGUGUUCAGAUAUGCUUUAAGGUAUUCUUGAAUCCAUUCCUUUCAUGGUAUUGAGAUCUGAGUGAAUAUGAAUCAGUCAGAAGUAAUUUUGUCAUUGUGAUGAAGAUGCGAUAUGAUUUUUGUCAUUCGGUUGUUAUAAUCUCUUUGCAU